AUCUUAACUUUAUUAUGAUUUAAACUUCUAACAUGUAAUUCCUGUUAGUCGAGCAUAAUUUGAGUGGAUAAAAUGAGCACGAAAGAAUCCGUAUUCAUUUUACAGAUCACAAAUCCAGACACCAUACAUCACCUGACGGACUACCACGACAAGCAUAUCGACACAAUUACAAAAGCAAAUUAUCCACUAGUUAUGCACAUGAUCGGUGCAAUGAACGCAACCAUAGAGUUCAAGGAAACAGACACUUGGGGAUACCAGAACAGAAAUGGUUCUUGGAACGGUAUGAUCGGAAUGCUGGCUCGCAGAGAAAUUGACAUCGGUGGCACUACAACCUUCUUCACCAAGGAGCGUCUUGGAGUAGUUCAAUACAUCUCCCUUUACACUUCGAGCCGUACAGGAUUCAUAUUCCGUCGACCACCACUGUCCUUUGUGAGCAACAUCUUCACUCUACCCUUCCAUCGAUCGGUGUGGAUGGCCAUCACAGGAUUCCUGAUACUAGUCUUCGGAGCGCUCUAUGUGGCUCUACGAUGGGAAUGGAAGCAGACCUUUUCAGAGGAAGUGAACGAGUCAUAUAGGUUUGGCGGUCUCUUCCCAUCGUCCUGGAGUGACAAUUUGCUCAUCAUUGUCGGAGUAGUUUCUCAGCAGGGCUGUUGGUACGAGCCCAGGAUUCUGUCGGCACGAAUCAUUCUUCUGAUGCUUCUCAUAGCUGUUCUGAGCCUGUACACUUCCUACACGGCAAAAAUCGUCGCGAUCCUGCAGUCCACUACGGACUCCAUAAUCACAUUGAAGGACCUCUUGGACAGUCCGUUGAAAUUGGGAGCUCAUGACACGGUGUACAAUCGACAUUACUUCAAGACUUUCCAGGAUCCUGUGAGGAAAGCCAUUUACGAGGAGAAAAUCGCGCCAAAGGGUCGAAAGUCAUCUUGGCUGACAAUGGAGGAGGGCAUUAACCGAAUCAGGCAAGGACUCUUUGCCUUCCACAUAGAGUUCGGCCCUGGCUACAUGGUGGUGCAGGACACGUUCCAGGAGGACGAGAAGUGCGGCUUCCAGGAAAUGGACUACAUGAAUGUCAUCUAUCCUUUACUGGCCGUCCAGUAUCAAUCUCCGUACCUGGAGAUCAUAAAAAUCCAGGCCUUCAAAGUCCGCGAGAAUGGCCUCCAGCAGCGUGAGAUGUCCAGGCUGUACACGAAGAGACCCGAAUGCCACGAUAACAUGAGUUUUCUAAGUGUCAGCUUAAUUGAAAGUUAUGGGGCCUUCGUUGCUCUCAGUGCUGGUCUCUUGCUAUCUGUUGCCAUCUUGAUUUUGGAAAUAUUGUGGCAGAAAAGACAAAAUCUUAUCGAGAGAACCAGCAGAAAAUGGAACAACGCUUUAAAAGAUUUUUAAUGCAUCGAACUGCAGAGCACGUAAUGAAAGAAAUGCAAAAUCCACCCUUCGACCACUCUUCUCAGUUUAUUUAAAUUAGAUACUAUUUUUACCUUUUCUGAAGGUAGUUA